AUGGAGCCCGCCGGCCCGGCCCCCGGCCGCCUCGGGCCGCUGCUCUGGCUGCUGCUCGCCGUGUCCUGCGCCUGGCCAGGAGUGACCGGUCAGGAGGAGCUGCAGGUGACUCAGCCUGGGACUGCAUCAGUCGCAGCCGGAGAGGCGGUCAAUCUGUCAUGUGUCCUCUCCUCUCCUUUGCCCGUGGGGCCCAUCCAGUGGUACAGAGGGGCUGGACCUGAUCGGCAGUUAGUCUACAAUUUCAGAGGAGGCCUGGACCACAUACGCCUCUUCCCCCGAGUGAGAAACCUUACAGAUCAAACAAAACAAGGGAACCUGGACUAUUCCAUCCGCAUCAGCAACAUCACCCCAGCCGACACCGGCACCUACUUCUGUGUGAAGUUCAGGAAAGGGAGCCCUGAUGUGGAGUAUAAGUCUGGUCCUGGGACCCGGGUGACUGUGAGUGCCAAGCCCUCUGCCCCUGUGGUAUCGGGCCCCUCAACGAGGGCCACCCCUGGGCACAGAGUGAGCUUCACCUGCCAGUCCCAUGGCUUCUCCCCUCGAGAUGUCACCCUGAAGUGGUUCAAAAAUGGGAAUGAGCUCCUGAUCCACCAGGAAGAGGUGGUCCCGACAGACGACAGUGUCUCCUACAACGUCUCCAGCACAGCUCAGGUGAUGCUGACCCAGGACGACGUUCACAGCCAGGUCAUCUGUGAGGUGGCCCACACGACCCUGCAGGGCUCUCUCCGCGGGACGGCCAACUUGUCUGAGACCAUCCGAGUUCCGCCCACCUUGGAAGUUACACAACUGCCCCAUGGGAACCAGGUGAACGCCACCUGCCAGGUGAAGAAGUUCUACCCCAAAAGCCUAAACUUGACCUGGUUGGAGAAUGGAAAUGUGUCCCGAGCACAUUCCGCCUCGAUCCUCACCGAGGACAAGGAUGGGACCUAUAACCUGAAGAGCUGGACCCUGGUGAACACAUCUGCCCUCAGGGAGCAUGUGGUGCUCACCUGCCAGGUGGUGCAUGACGGGCAGCCAGCGGUCACCAAGCAGCUGACCCUGACGCGCACAGAGCCGCAGAAGAACGAGAACACAGACACGCCCUCUGAAAAUUCUGACCAGAAUAAGAAAAUUUUUAUCGCGGUGGGCGUCGUGUGUACCUUGCUGGUGGCCCUGGUGAUUGCAGCCCUUUACCUCCUCCGAGUGCGACAGAAGAAAGCUAAGGGUUCCACUUCUUCUACAAGGUUGCACGAGCCUGAGAAGAAUGCCAGAGAAGUAACCCAGGACACCAAUGACAUCACCUAUGCAGACCUCAACCUACCCAAAGGGAAGAAGCCUGCGCCCCGGGCUGCAGAGCCAAACAACCACACAGAGUACGCCAGCAUCCAGACCGGCCCCCCGCCCGGGCCGGAGGACAACCUCACCUACGCUGACCUGGACAUGGUCCACCUCAACCGGGUCCCCAAGCAACCUGCCCCCAAGCCCGAGCCCUCUUCAGAGUAUGCCAGCGUCCAGGUCCAGAGGAAGUGA